AUGGGUAUUCGACCUCACCAUGCCGAACCCAAUGCAUUGAGACCAGUCGAAUCCGAGCCGCAUCAGCAACAUUCCCGACAGUCGCUUCGAUUUGGAAUGUGGCAGAAACUGCAACAUUUCUUCGCCAAGGAUGAGGCGACACAGAGUCCCAUCGAGUGCUCGGAUGAUGAGCAGUGGCCCCGGCACUGGGCUGACAGGCGAGAUUCCAAUAAAAACGAAUCCGCAACGAGGCCGCUGGCUGUUGGGCUCCCCCGGCAAGCAACAUUCCGUCGUCAGAACUCGGAGCGACGAGACCGGCUGCUUCCCAUCGAGCCUGGCCACGCGGAGAGAAGGGCCGUCUCGUCGACGCGGCAUGCUUCGAUAAGCUUACCUAGACGGCGAGCCACCUCGUCGCCACCCAAUUGGGACCCUGCUCGAACAUCUGCACCCGCUGUGGCUAUUACCGCCAGGGCGGAUGUCGGCGGUGGCGACGUCUAUGUCGACCUCCCACCAAGUCUGGACCCGACCCAGCCCGCCACGACUGAGGACCACUGGCCACAAGACGACUACCGACCGCCGCGCCCGCCUUCUAGGACGUCCUCUGAUGAUUCGCAUUAUCCACAGAUGCCUCUAGCCGAUGACAAGGCCGAACUAAGGGACGAGCUCGAUCAUCGAUGGAUCCUCAACCUGAGCAUGCACUUUAGAGACAAGUCCGACCGCGAGAAAUUCUUCGUCACUUAUGCGCAGACUCCCAGCUUUUGGCGUCGGGUGACCAUUUCAUGUGACUAUCGCAAUGCCGAGCCGGGCUCCUUGGAGAUGGACCUGAAGGAACUCCAGUUCCAACGCGACAAGAGCAUGCAAAUUUACGAGUCAAUACGUGAUUCUCUUCCUGAAAUUCAGUUCUACGACACCGUCACCAAUCUCAAGUUGGAAACAACCGAUGGCCGAUUGCACGUUCAUGUGACGGAAGAUGUCAACGAGAUCAUCCCUUAUCCACCGAAAACGACCGUGUCACAUAUUUUCAACGAUGAGACGUUCAGACCCAUGAAAGUCCGCGAGGACGAGCUCGUCUUCGACUCACACCUCUCCGGCUUUGUCUACAAGGUGCAAUACAAGGGCAGAACGUAUAUCAAGAAAGAGAUCCCUGGCCCGGACACGGUUGAUGAGUUCUUGUAUGAGAUCAAUGCCCUCCAUGCCCUUCACGACUCGGCGCAUGUUAUCAAACUUGAAGCCGUUGUGUUUGAUGACACCGGAUCGUUAGUCAAAGGCUUGCUCAUCAGCUACGCAGACAAGGGUGCGAUCGUUGAUCUCUUGUACGAUCACAGAGGUUCCAUUGCGUGGGAAGAUCGGUGCAGAUGGGCUGAGCAGGCGGUGCGAGGGCUUAGUGAGAUCCAUGAAGAGGGCUAUGUUCAGGGAGAUUUCACGUUAUCCAACAUCGUGGUUGACGCUGACGGAAACGCAAAGAUCAUCGACAUCAACCGGCGCGGAUGCCCUGUUGGCUGGGAGCCUCCGGAGAUCGCAGCCAAGAUUGCGAGCAAUCAACGGAUCUCCAUGUACAUUGGCGAAAAAUCGGACAUCUAUCAACUGGGCAUGACUCUGUGGGCGCUGGCCAUGGAUGACGAUGAGCCUGAGCGACACGUGCCACCACUAAGCAUCGAUGAAUUCCCUUCGGAGGUGCCUGAAUGGUACCAAGAUAUUGUCAGGAUCUGCUUGUCUCCGCGCCCACGAGAUCGAUUGUCUGCCAAGGAACUGAUUGACCUGUUCCCAGAAGCAACCUCCAUGUCAUGUGACGAUAUCCGGCCACAACAACGACCAGCCUUGAAAGUGCGCACGAUGAAGAAGUACAUUGACCCUGCCGACGCCGUGGAACGGGACGAUAUCUUACGCCUUAGCUCGAAACCACAGGGAAGCGAGGCGAUUCCAUAUUCGCCAGAAAGCUCCCGGGAUGACUACACGUUUACGUAUCCGAAGUCCUCCAAUUACGAGUUUGAAAGCGACCUGUCAGGAUAUGAUCGCCCCAGAGGUAGGAGACCACCCAUCAACUAUGCACAUCUCGGAAGUCAUGAGAGGCACCAUUGGGAGUCCGAAGACGAGAGACCGACUCCAACCGAAGAUUUCGAACCCAACAUUGUGGCCAUCUCGCCGGGCGUGGACCGAGAGUUCAAUGAGCUCGAGAUGGAUGGACAUCGGUACCUGAUCUCACGGCAGACUUUCAGUGAAGAGGAACUGAAAAUACUGGAGCGUCGCGCGGAAGCUGAGAGCGCUGUUCUCAGUGAAGAUGCAACUGAUGGAGAUCGCACGGCUGAGGCUGCCGCGGAUGAGGCUCUGACAAACCCAGCACCUGUACCAGCCCGGCGUCCCUCUCUACUGGCCGCCACGUCCGACAGCACCCCUCGCAACAGCCAGGACCUUCUCACAGUGAUCGCUACCCCCGGAUCUGGGGAUCUGCACUCCGAGAUGAGAGAGGUUAAUGAUAUUGGGGUGUCUUAUCAUCCUACAGGGCCCGACGACGGUCGAAGAACUCCUCAGACUGAUAAGGCUCCAGCUGAUCACGACUCAGAUCUGCUAACACCCAACUGUGGGUUGGACCUGCCUGGGGAUAAGGCGACCCCACCACCAGAAAAAGAAAUGAUCAACCCCCCGAGUCUUCCGUUUAUGGACAGUGGCUACGAUGAGCCGCUUAGAUACCUCGUAGGCAACAGCGACGUCGAGCUUGUGGCACCUAUCUCGGAAAAAGCCGAGCCGCAACGGACAGAGGAUGCGAUGACUCCUUCUGUUCAGCAACCCGGACAGACGGCAGACGGCUCACCUCAUCCUGCUGAGCACCCAGUGCUCAGGGAUGACACAAGGCUCAAUCUGGAGUCUGAUACUCCUAGUCUGUCGCAGAAACCGAAUUCAGCUGAAGAGAAGUCCAGUCAUAUCGACUUCACUCCAACGGAACGCAAAUCUCCUCCGAUGACGACUGAGCUGGCGGAGAAGCAACGCAAUCUGUGUAUCGACAUCUGA